UGCCGCCGCCCUGAGCAUCCCGUCCCCCACCCCAAGGGCAGGGAGUGGCCGGGGCCUUUCCCCGGGGCCGGCAGCCAAGAUGGUGAUGUCCCAGGGCACCUACACCUUCCUCACCUGCUUUGCGGGCUUCUGGCUCAUCUGGGGGCUCAUCGUGCUGCUGUGCUGCUUCUGCAGCUACCUGCGGCGGCGGGUGAAGCGGCAGCAGGAGGAGCGGCUGCGGGAGCAGAGCCUGCGCGCGCUGGAGCUGGAGCCGCUGCACUACGAGGGUUACGGGGGCAGCCCCCCCGGCAUCGCCAUUCCCCACCGCCUCCGCCUCGAGCCCCACCAUCAUCACCCCCACCACAUCCCACCCCCCCGGCCCUGGAGCUGCCGGCACGAGUCAGACCUGUCGAAGCCACCGUGCUAUGAGGAGGCACUGCUGAUGGCAGAGCCCCCCCCGCCGUACAGCGAGGUGCUGAUGGACACACGGGGGCUCUACCGUAAAAUCAACACCCCCUUCCUGAGCCACGAGCGGCUGGAGAAGCAGGAGCAGCCCCCCAGCUACAAACCUCUUUUCCUGAACGCCGGCUACGGGUCGGCGCUGCACCUGCCCCGCUCAGCCAGCCCCAGCCCUGCCUGCCCGGACCUCUACCUGCAGGCAGAGUGCUCCCCCCGCAUGUUUCCCAGCUGGACGGACUCAGAGCUCAGCAGCAGGGACACGUACGAGCCGGGACCCUGGCACCUCCCGGUCUCCAUGCCCCUUUUCGGCAGGACUACCGCUGUCUAACGGCGGGCCCAGGGGACCCCCGGACCUUGGUGUGGUUGCCCCUCUGGCACCUUGGGGGGUUGGUUUUGGUUGCCCGCGUCACCCUGGGGACGCCUGCCCUGGCACAGGCCAUCGCUGCCGGCGCGGAAGGGGCUGGUUCCCCCUCUGGCCCCUGCCGGACCCCCAUGGCUGGGGGUGCUGGGGACUUCUGCUCUCUGUUUCUUAAAUUUUUUGUUUGUUACAGUUUGAGAAUAAAAGUU